CUAUAGGACUCCCGAUCACAGCCGGUUGUGAUACAGCCCGGGAUCGAACCUGGGUCUAUAGUGAAGCCUCUAGCACUGCGCCACUCCGGAGGCCAAAAUGGGACUUUACAUUUGAAGACUUUUAGACCCACAUACUAACAAACAACCUACUGUACACUUCAAAAUAGUUUAGUCAGGUUUGUCUGAUGGUUACUUAUCAUAGCUGACUUAUAUUUACCCACAACGUUAUAUUUAUGUCCACCAUGAUGGGUUUAACAACAAUGAUGUCAUUCUGUAACUACAGUAUAGAACUCAGAUGUGGUGGGGAUGGGUAAACACUCAAUGUUGAACGAGUGUUUAUUAUCUGUAUGUAUGUGUGUGUGUGUAUGUACCUGAGGGAGUGUAUGUCUGUGUAAUCUGUAUCACCUCCCUCUUCCAGGAGGGGAGGGUCCAGAGGUGCUGCUGGUGAAGAAAGAGGGGUGUGGGGAGGGUCUGGGGAACUCUGAGGGGACCAUGGUCAUGGAGGACAACCAGACUACACCUCCUCCUGAACCCACAGAGUGUCACUGAGUCAGUAGACAUGGAGGAUGGGAAGCCUGAUCUGCUGCUGGUCAAAGAGGAGACCAAAGAUGGGGGAGCAAGCCUAUUUUGUAACGGUGGUUGGCUGGAGGCUAACAGAGGAGACUGGGCUGCCAUUUUGGAUUCCCAGACCCAAGAGCCCGGGGACGACCGAGCAGGCCAGGACCAGAGGCGGCAUAGUGGAGUCCAUGAAGACCUGCUGGUAUCCAGUGUUACUGGUGGGAGAGACAGGACCUCUGAGUUGGCUGGUCACAAAUCCUGGCUCCGGAUCAGGACCCUGGAUGAGAAGCCUUCGCUCUUCCUUCCCGAGUCAGAACCAGGACCCAACCACGAGGGACAGAGACUCCACCACCACACAGAACACAACCAGUGGACAGGUGGACUGAACAACCUCAGUCCUGGUGGUCAUCAGAGAGACAGAGGCUCCAGUCAGGGAUCCAGUCUGCAGCCCAGACCCUUCUCUUCACAGUAUCAGUGCAGGGAUGAAGCAGGGCUUGGGGCUGAUAGAGAUAGAGCCUCCUGUUCCUAUGAUACAAACACCACAGUAUCCAUUAUGAACAGAGCAGGUCGUCCUUCAGAGGGAGUGGUGAGAGACCUUCCUGUUGAUAGUCUAUCAGCAAGUAUGUCUUCUCCUUUAGGGUCUUGUCUAAAGCGUAGUGACUGGCUUCAUAGAAGGGCCUUCCUCAGUUACUUAAUGAUUACCUCAAACAGCAUGUUAGUUGUGUAGGGCUUAAUGAUGUUGAUGGUAA